GUUACUCCCCGUGUGUCGCUCCUGAAGAAAGCAAGACUGUUUCUUAAGGGUUUGGCAACUACAGUGCAAUCGCAGCGGUGAGCGCCUUGCGGGCUUCUUUUGAGGAUUCAGAGAAUAGUCACAAACAGAAAUACUGACUGUAAAAUAAAUAAAUAAAAAUAACCGAAAGAAACUCGUAUAUGGAUGUGGAUGUAACUGUUGCACCUUAAGUACAGAAAUGAGCCACUGAAAUUCGCGAGGAAGAAAAGGUUACCGUUAGCCCUUGGGGAGGCGCUCUGUUUCACCCCCUCCAAAAAAAAAAAAACUUCUUAAAUCAUGACGCCCCAAUGGCUGGCGUUGGCGUUCACCCUCCUGCAAGCCGGGCUCAACAGGGGGUUCCCCGCGGCCCCGACGGGACCCCCGACGCGGACGACGAGCUUUUUCCGGGUGAUGGACACCAGCCUGACGCACCUGACGGUACACCGGACGACGGGCGACGUCUUCGCGGGCGCGGUGAACCGGGUCUACAAGCUGUCCGCCAACCUGACCGAGCUGCGGUCGCACAUCACGGGCCCCGUGGAGGACAACGCCAAGUGCUACCCGCCGCCCAGCGUCCGCGCCUGCGCCCACCGUCUCGAGUCCUCGGACAACGUCAACAAGCUCCUGCUGGUGGACUACGCCGGCAACCGCCUGGUGGCCUGCGGCAGCAUCUGGCAGGGCGUGUGCCAGUUCCUCAGGCUAGAGGACCUCUUCAAGCUGGGCGAGCCCCACCACCGCAAGGAGCACUACCUCUCGGGCGCCCGGGAGGCCGACGGGAUGGCCGGGGUGGUGGUCGGCGACGACGAAGGACCGGUGGGCGGCGGCGGCGGCGGCGGCGGCGAGCCGAAGAAGAGGAAGAAAGGGGGCAGCCGGCUGUUCAUCGGGGCGGCCAUCGACGGCAAGUCCGAGUACUUUCCCACCUUGUCCAGCCGCAAGCUGGUGGCGGAUGAGGACAGCGUCAACAUGUUCGGCCUGGUCUACCAGGACGAGUUCGUGUCCUCGCAGAUCAAGAUCCCCUCCGACACCCUCUCGACGUACCCGGCCUUCGACAUCUACUACGUGUACGGGUUCUCCAGCCGCACCUACAUCUACUUCCUGACGCUGCAGCUGGACACGCAGCUGACGCAGGACGCCACCGGCGAGAAGUUCUUCACCUCCAAGAUCGUGCGCAUGUGCUCCAACGACACCGAGUUCUACUCCUACGUGGAGUUCCCGCUGGGCUGCACCAAGGACGGGGUGGAGUACCGGCUGGUGCAGGCCGCCUACAAGCACCGCCCGGGCAAGCUGCUGGCCCAGGCCCUGGGGCUGUCGGAGGACGAGGACGUCCUCUUCGUGGUCUUCUCCCAGGGCCAGAAGAACCGGGCCAACCCGCCCCGUGAGACCGUGCUCUGCCUGUUCACCCUGCGCCAGGUCAACCUGGCCAUGAGGGAGAGGAUCAAGUCCUGUUACCGCGGCGAGGGCAAGCUGUCUCUGCCGUGGCUCCUCAACAAGGAGCUGCCCUGCAUCAACACGCCGAAGCAGAUCGGCGACGACUUCUGCGGGCUGGUGCUGAACCAGCCGCUGGGGGGCAUGCGGGUGAUCGAGGGCACCCCCCUGUUCGACGACCGCACCGAGGGCAUGGCCGCCGUCGCCGCGUACACCUACGGCGAGCACUCCGUGGUGUUCGUGGGCACCCGCAGCGGGCAGCUGAAAAAGAUAAGAGUGGAUGGCAUCCCUCCGCCUUCCCAGAAUGCCCUGCUGUACGAGACCGUUCCGGUGGUGGAGGGCAGCCCCAUCCAGCGGGACAUGGUCUUCAGCCCCGAUUACCUGCACAUCUACCUGCUGAGUGACAAACAGGUGAGCAGAGAGCCAGUGGAGAGCUGUGGGCAGUACCACACCUGCGGGACGUGCCUGGGAUCCGGGGACCCCCACUGCGGCUGGUGUGUCCUGCACAACAAGUGUUCCCGGCAGGACGCGUGCGAAAAGUGGGCGGAGCCUCAGCGAUUCAACGUCGAGCUGGACCAGUGCGUGGACAUAAGCGUCACGCCGAACAACAUGUCCGUCACGUCCUCCUCCAUCCAGCUGAGCGUGAAGGUGCGCAACGUGCCCAACCUCUCCGCUGGGGUCACCUGCGUGUUCGAGGACCUGUCCGAGAGCCAGGGGGAGGUGCUGUCCAAGGGCCAGAUCUUCUGCAUGUCCCCCUCCCUGCGGGACGUCCCAGCACUGACUCAGGGAUAUGGCGACAAGCGCGUGGUCAGGCUGUCCCUGAAGUCCAAGGAGACGGGCCGGAUAUUCAUCUCCACGGAUUUCAUCUUCUACAACUGCAGCGUCCUCCAGUCGUGCCUGUCCUGUGUGUCCAGCCCGUUCCCCUGUAACUGGUGUAAAUACAGACACAUCUGCACCAACAACCUGGCCGAGUGCUCCUUCCAGGAGGGGCGUGUCAGCAGCGUGGAGUCAGCAAACCUCAACCUGGAUGUUGUGAGCCCUCUAUGUAACACCUCUAUCCGAAAUAUGCUUAGAGGACCUGGCCACUCUCCUCCCUGAAAUCUCACCUCCAGCAGCUCCGAUUCCCUCCCGAGCCUCCCUGAUUCCACCAUCACCUUCGUCUACUCCAACUCUUCCUCCACCUCAACCUCCAGCUACCCCAACUCUUCCUCCGCCUCCAGCUAAUAAUUCUUCGUCCUCAUCCUCGACGCCACAAGCAUGGAGGGGUACAAAGAGAAGA